AUGCCAGACCAACACGCCCAGCGUCCUCAAUCCGACCUCCCACCCAUCCGCAAGGUCGCCCCGGGCUCCAGCGCUACCCGGGCCCUGGGCAAGGUCGUCAUUAUCACCGGCGCCAACUCGCCCCUGGGCAUCGGCCGGGCGUCGGCUCACCAGUUUGCCGAGAGCGGCGCCCGCGCCCUCUACCUCUGUGACUAUGACGACACCCACCUCGACUCCCAUCGCCGCGAGCUCACCGCCGCGUUUCCCUCGGUCGACGUCCACCCUCGCUGCUUCGACGCCGCCGACGACGCCCAGGUCAAGGCCGUCGUCGCCGAUGCCCUGCACCGCUAUGGCCGGCUUGACGUCUUCUUUGCCAAUGCCGGCGUGACGGGCAACAAUGUCGUCUUUAGCCAGUGCACCGACGACGAGUUCAUGUCCGUCCUGAGGACCAACACGCUCAGCGUCUUCCUGGCUGCCAAGCACGCAGCCCCAGCCAUGACCAAGACGUCGACAGACAAGGCCACGCCUGGCGGCAGCAUCGUCGCAACCGCUUCCGUGGCCGGCCUCCGGUCCAACGCCGGCCCCCCGCACUACUCUGCCUCCAAGGCCGCCGUCAUCUCGCUCGCCCAGACCAUGGCCUUCCAGCUGGCCCGCACCGGCGUCCGCGUCAACGCCGUGUGCCCGGGCCUCAUCGAGACGGCCAUGACGGCCCCCAUCUACGACGCCGCCCGCGCCCGCGGCACCGAGGGCAAUAUCGGCCAGCUCAACCCGACCAAGCGCGGCGGCCAAGCUGACGAGGUGGCCCGCGUCGUCCUCUUCCUCGGCAGCGACGAGAGCAGCUACGUCAACGGCCAGGCCUGGGCUGUUGACGGCGGGCUGAGCGCCGGUCAUCCAUACGUGCCGUCCAAGCUAUCGUAG